UUAAGAUUUAAUUUUGAGCGCGUAUGUUUGCCAGAAAGUAUUAUUUCAUUUUCAAAUUAAAUCCAGUGCCACAUGCAAGUUAAAGUAUUGUUUUGUAAGAUAAUAAAAAUAAAUGGAAAAAAUUGAGGCUGCAUUAAAAGGAACUCGCCAAGAGGCUGAGAGUAUAGUGCCAGAAAUUGCAAAAACCGUUGAAAGAUAUGGAAAAUAUGGUGGCAGUGAAGGACGCCAAAACCAAUUGAUAUAUUGUUAUAAAGUUUUACGAAAAAUCUGUGUGGUUAUAGCAAAUUACAAGGCGACGCACUAUGAUAUUUACUGUGAUAUUUUAAAACGGGCUUUUGAACCUCAUAUAGAUCCAACAGCGAGUGGUCAAUAUUGGUCUAAAUAUUUGGAAUAUUGGCGAUAUUUUCAUUAUUUGAUAAUGGAAAAGGAUUUAUAUACGCAGGCAUCAAGAAUAUGUGCACAUUUUGCUUCACAGUCAAAUGUAUUGAUAAACGAGGAUGAUUAUCAAUUCAUAAUGAGUACAUAUUUUCAACAUUUACUUGUACAACACAAGCACAGUUCUUACGAUAUUAAAUCAGCUGAAAGAGGCUCCUUGUAUAUUUUAAAUCGUUUAAUAGAUCUUUUUACAGCUAUGCUUAAAUGCAAUACUGAUUUGAAUUUUUGCUAUCCAAAACUUUUGUCACAUUUCAUACAAUAUGGGCUACCCAAACGUGCGUUUAACUUGUACGACUAUACCGAAUCUUUGUCAAAUACAGCUACAAAAAUGUUUGACACUUUUUUUACGCUUUUGGCACAGUUGAAGACUCCGCUGACUUCAAAGGCAGAUGCAGAGUUAGAAGCUCAAUUUCACAUUAAAGCCUUUCUCGAUUUUUUGGAGUUUGAUGUAAACAGCAGUCGACAUCAUUCUUUAGUCAUGAAGCAUUUACGAGCGUGUCGUGAUAUAACUAACUUGCAAAGCAAUAAAUCUAUGGGAUAUCUGUUCUGUUUACUCUAUUAUUAUGUAAAAUUUGUUUAUACGACAGAAUACACUGCAAGCUCAGCAUUUUCUUACACUGAACUUUGUCACAAAUUCAGUAGUUUCCUUGAUAAAUUUGGUGUCACUUUAAUUGAAUCUGCAUGGUCAAAGGACAUUCUCGCAGCAUUUAUUAUGUUUUUAGAAAAAGUGCACGUUUAUGAUACUCCGACGCAAGUGCUUCCUAGCAUUUGGCUAAAGAUAAAUACGGUUGAAGCAUACGUUGCUCAUUUUCAAUUAAUAUCCAGUCUUAUUAAAGUCGCUGGAGGUGUAACUGAAAGUAGUUUAAAAAAACUAAGUUGUUGCAGUAGUGUUAGAAAGCAUCUAAUAUUAUCUCUAUCCCAGUUUGCACUUGUGGCGUAUAAUUACUUUAUUAUCGACAUCAGGGAAUUUGCUACAGAGUUAGAUGUUGUAGAUAAUAGCUUACUGAAAAUAAUACGCCAUUCAAUUGAUGUGUUAAAUAGCAUGUCAUGUUCUAACAAACCUUAUCACUUUCGCUACAUGUACGCACAAUUUUCAAGUAUAACACGAAAUAUAACAACUACAGCAAAUGCCAAAAUGUGUGUUACUCUAUGUGAGAUGCUAGUAAAAGUCAAAAACAAUUUUGAAGCAACGGAUUGGUCAUUAUUGCUAAGACGUAUUUACAAGACAGUAUUGGUUUCCGAUGAUAAAAAGCUGAUGAAGCAAUUGCAUUGUUAUUACAUAGCAUCUAUGCUGCAUGUGACAUCACAACCUGAUUUAGCAGCAAUGCGUAAUCAAAUAGCAAUAUUUCAUUCAUCAGCAUUUGACCAAGACUCUGAUAUGUGUUUGUUGGAACUGUAUGAAAAGUCAGUAGGUGCACUGAAACCUACCCUCGAGCCACAUCAGAAAAGGUUAUUGCACUGGUUAGAGUUGCAGCAUAUAAAUGAGUAUAAAAAAGGAAAUCUUGUGCUACGAAAGUCAUUAAUAAGUUAUAGUCAAACGGAAUUUGACACCGUAAUGUCAGUACGUGGAGGUAAACUGCAAUCAGACACUACUGUUAAUAUAAAUUCUAUCUAUGAAAGACUGAAAUCCAAAGUUAAAACAAAUAAAAGUUUAAAUCGUUUGGAGCAUCUUAUGUUUGCGCAUGUGAGUGCAUAUUUUUUGCGCGUAAAGACUGAAAAAAGACCAUCAACGGAUGCAACUAAACACUGCAUUGAAGAGAAUUUGGAAGAUUUAAUGCAACACAAAGAGUUGCUAAGUAUUACUGUAUCUACAGAGUGGUUACUACUGGAUGAAGCGGCAGAUAGUCUACAGUCAUUUGAAGCUUUCUUUUAUAAGAUCGAUACAGACUUUUUGUGUAAUGAUGGAGCGUUCCUUGAUUGGAAACUUAUACUUGAUGAUAUUGCAACAAUUGCUCUUACAUUCAACCUAUCAGGCUAUUCAAAAUAUGCCAUAGAAGCUUGGCUUUUACAUUAUAAAAUUGCUGACACAAUUGACGAUCAUUUUAAUUGUCUGCGUAGUUUAACUCAGCUGUGUGCAUCAUCAGAACAAAUGGAAAAUAGCGGAAAGGGAAAAUCGUUCGAUUUACAGAAGCACAUCGAUAGAAAGUUGCCUUUUAUAUUGCAAUCAAUACAAAACAUAUUACCACUACUAAAGCGUCACCAAAAUUAUUUACUCAAUUGUUUGACACAACUUUCGUAUUAUUACGCGCGCAAAGGUAAUCUCUGUUAUACUCAAAUAAUGAUGAAUUUAAUUGAGAGUACGCACGCUGAAUUACCAGACCGCGCAGAUAAAUAUGAUAUAAUAAAGUUCACACUGCAUGUUGUAAAAUUUAAGAUACUGUGGAAAAACUUGGGUAAUGAAUUAUGUAAAACGGAAACCGAUUUGGAGUUGAAACAGUCCUGUUUACUACGCCAUGUUAUGGCAUUAGUAGACCAAGUUCGCAAUGUUGUCUUCAUUUGUUCUGAUGAUUACACCACCUUUCUAAUACUAAUGUUUGACUUUAUUCAACAAAUAGCUGAAUGCGCUUGCAAUCGCUUAACUGAUAAUAUAUUGAGUGGAUUUUUUAUAUCUAUACUGAAAAUAGGCAUUCAAAUGGGUUUGGCUUUACGAAUUGUUCAAAUAUUUAGUUCAUGGAUGAUGACCAAUUUACAAAUGGAACAAAUUACAAAAGCACAAACAAAGUUAAAGUUAUUGGAAUGCAUAUUAGGUUUGGGAAACUGCUCGGUAUUAAAGCAAAUGAAAAAAGAAUUGCAAUCUGUUGAACCAAAAACAGAAAAUGCUUUAGAUGAAGUCAAUUUGUGCAUGGAACCCAUAAGAAAAAUGGUAGUUACGCAAUUAUCUCCAAUUCAUGGGAAAAAUCUUAAUCUUAGCGCUUUGAUUGUAAAACAAGAUUUGAAUCGGUUCUUAAAUUGCUCGAAUAAAUUAUUGAAGAAGCAUGAAGUACUGGAAUGGUCAUAUUUUAUUGUUGGUUGUCUGAAUGCACGUUUAUUGUUUCUCGCUUUUAAACACGAUGCUUUGGAGGUGUUUUAUGAAAACUGUUACAAAUGGUUACAGGAGAAAAAAGAAAGACUUCCACCUGAAAACUAUCCACAUGUAGAAUUGUUUUUUACGCAGCAUUAUGUCAAUUAUCUGCGGGCAAUAAAAAAAUAUGAAAAAGCUCUAACAUAUCUUAAAAAUGUCAUUACAAAAACAAAUAAUAUGAAUCGGAAUUUAGAUGUUGCUUAUCGUAUUAAUUUCUUAUUACAAAUUCAAGCAAUCGAACGGGAAUUGGAACAAAAAUCGAAAGAUGCAGCAGAUCCAUCCAAACCAACCAAAUUACGUAGAAUGCUGGAAUACAAUAACUCACCAGUUAUGUUAGACAAGAGUAGAAGUCCAGUGUUUGAUGAGAACCAAAAACAAAAUGUGAAACCUAAGUCAAUCAAUAUGAAUAAAGCUUAUUUAAUAGUAGAUGAGAAGAACAAAAGAAAACCAGUACCAAGAAAUGCAAUACCAAAAACAAGUACCAAAACAUCGAUUGCCGAUGAUUCAAGCCUAAGCACCAAAAAAUCAAGUGUUGAGCCAUGCGCUACCAAUAUUAUAGUGUUGAAUGAUAGCACUGCUGAAACAGAACUGAAAACAAAGAAAGUAACUCCGAAACGCAUCGAGAUUGAUGUGAAAGAUGUAUUAAGUGGUAAUUUUGUAUUUGAUAAAUAUUCCACAUAUGUACUCAAAAAGCCAACAGUAGCUGAACCUGACAGAAAUGGAGAAAGUUCAGCUCAAAAAAAGAAAAGCUCACCUUUGGAAAAGUCAUUAUUGAUGGAAUUUGCUGGUUUAGCGAUUUCAGACGAGAAUGGCAGUCAAGCAUCCAAAGUAGAUGUCAAUAAGGAAAAUGGUACAAAACAGAAAAUUAAGAAUACAGCUCCACUGCGAGAAGUUGUAAUUGAAGUUAGUGAUGUAUUGAGUGGUAAUGUUGUAUAUGAUGAAUUUACCACAUACAUUCUAAAAAGACCAUCAAGUCACACAAUUUUAUCUACUUCUGAAAAAAAGGCAUCGACUUCAAUUCAAAAACAGAAAGAACAGUCUUCACAAAAGUCACUAGGGACUGUGGAUUUAGUAUCUUCAGAUGAAAAUCUUAGUCAAACCUCCAAAGCAAUAGAGAAUAAUAAGAAAGUGAUAACUGCUACACCGAGUACAUCUAAUACAAAAUCUGCGAAGCCCUCCACAUCGACUGCAACAAAGCGCGGUACUCGACAACGCUUAGGCAGAGGUACCAAUUUAGAUAAUAUUGAAAACGUCGAUCCAUCUGUAUUCAAAGUAGAGAACGCUCCGAAAGCACCGGACUCUGCGCGUACAACAAGACGUCGUCGGAAUUUAUAAAUAGGCAAUCAUGAAAACUAUACAAAAAUUUUUUAAUAUUGAAUAUUUUUUAU